AUGUCCUUCAACACAGAAACCUCUGAUUUGGUUAAUGUUCGACCCCAAGAAAUCGUGUUUGAAACGAAUAUACCGGGAGAAGAUUUGACAAUGCCGUCAACGGUCCCGGACUUUGCGAGAAAACUUUUCAAGUCACGUUUACUUCUACUCGAGGAUCCUGCAAAUGGCUCAAUUAUAUCCUGGAGUUCUGAAAGAGAUUCUUUUACGGUCAUGGACGUGAACACCCUUUCAAAUACGAUCCUGCCCCGGGUGUUCAACCACGGAAAUUUCUCGUCCUUCGUGAGGCAAUUAAACAAAUACGACUUCCACAAAGUUAGAAAGACAUCUCAGGACUUGCAUCCGACGUGGACAUUCAGGCACCCCCAUUUUCAUGGUGACAGGCCUGGUGAUCUGAAGUAUAUCAUGCGGAAGGCAGUAGUACCACAAUCGGAGGUACCCCGCACAGAGGUUCAUGGCUCCCGGCAGGAGGAAAGGCUUCCCAAACCAUCGUCAUCAUAUAGCCCUGAAUUGGAUGUAUACUCCCCUCAGCAGGCUGUCCCAACAAACAAAGAACUGCUGGACGUCAUCAGUCGUCUGGAAGGUGAGAUUAGAGAUCUUAGGUCAAAGCUACGCACUCUGGAACGGUAUUCCACUGAGCGAAUUGAAUACCUGGAGUCGAGAGUUAAAAGCAUUGAGGCAGCCAUCCCUACCCAACAGUCAAACCACCCAACGCAGCAAGACAUUGAGCAAGGUCCCCAUGAUAAUCUGGCUCCUGGUGUCUUCUCUAGGUCAGGUCACCCCGGCAUUCCAACUUUCGAGCAGGGCCCACCAAUGCUACAGUCACCUAGUAACCUACCUCCCGGACUGUUCACUCACUCACCUUUAAAUAUAUCCGGUGGUCGUCGAGAUUCCCAACAAGGUAACACUUCGUCACUGUCAAGCUAUCCUUCAAGUUCUACGGCCGUGAUGAUGCCGCCGUCGGCCAACUUGAUUAGUCCUGAGGCGCCCUACUACCGAGAAGAUUUGUUUGCAAAUGUUCCAGCACACGGCGGGCAUGAGCAGUACGAUGAAGGUGCUGGUUACCAGAACACAAGUGAACUGCUUCCUGCUGAAGGAAGCAGUUCUUACUUCCCCGUCUUUACAUCAUCGUUACCCACCGAGGAAGAUCGAGAAGGCCACCCAUGGGCUCGAGCGACGAAGCGUUUGAGAAUCUCUCAGGCACGUCACAGUUGGCCUUCGAACUUGAACAGGGCAUCUGGGUCAGGUUCAUCCAUGGACAAGGGGCCAAAUAUUGACAGUUGA